AUGAAGAACACCAUGGAAAGAAUUGGCGACAAUGACUUUUCUGUUGAUUUGCAGUGGCAGCUCCAGAACCAGACAGAGGUGCAAAAAAAGCAAGUAAAGAAAAUCUUGGACAUGAGCACUGAAUGCAGUACCAGUGACACUGAUGAGGAGUCCCUGAUUUCUAUCUCCUCUUCAGAGUCACCUGAUAGCGACAUUCUCGGCAGAGGAAAAAGAGGACAUAAAAAGAAGACAAAGAGUGCUAGCAGGUCAAAAUCUGCCAAACACAGCUCACGUGCAACAACCCCAGAUGAUGUACUGAAGCGUUACAAUAAAGUUUUUCGUGCCUUCAACAAAGAAGGGAGCAUCAGUAAGGCAUGCACCAAAGUUGGAGUUGACAGUAAUACACUCGCAUUAACAGAUGUUGUGGCUGAAAUACAGCUUGUUGAUCCAGAGUUUUACCAAAACAUCCCGAAGUUCAGAUCCAAGGAGGAGAAACUCUUCGACUUUGCAAAGCGGUGCCUUCAGUCACUGACAGCAGACAUCAGAUCUGCCAUAGAAAAUGCCAAAAAAGAGUGUAAACUACUACCAAUAACAUAUAAGUUGAGAUAG